AUGAAUUCCGCCGUCCAGACAUGCGUUCUGAAUAGCUUGGAGCUCCGCUGGGGCAAAUCCGACCAGGAUCCGCAUAUUGUUAGUGUUAUACUGAACCCAUACAUCCGCCUAGGAGUAUUUCACCCACAGAAUGCCUUACUCAAUUGUUUGUCUUUGUAUGGUGCCACCAAGCGGGUAUUCCGGCGUCUUUUCCGCAAGGAUAAUGACUUGGAGAUGCACAAGGCAUUUAUGGACUACUUAGAUGGCAAGAAUGAGUUUCACGCUGACAGGUGGGACUUUCAGGAGCUUCGAGAAUUGUAUGAGCGAUCUGGGAAACCGGUCAAUUUAGUUUGCGUCUGGUUGGGUCUUCUUACAUCUAACACAGCAAACGUUGGGCGGCAGCAGCUCAUGCAUCUAGCAAUCAAUGUUCUCUCGAUUGUUGCUAAUUCAGCAGGCUGCGAGCAACUUUUCAGCGAGAUGGGCUAUAUUCAGUCAAAGCGCUGCUCUUGUCUCUCAAACAAGAAGACGUUCAAUACGGCUGUGGUUCAAAUGGAGUUGAAGAGAACGCACGCUGCCGCAGGUCUUACACGUGCUUGCUUGCAUUGUCAGUUUGGUCUUUCAGCUUCAAAGCAAUUAGGAGAGGCUGCGUUAUCGCUCCCGGACGCAGACAAAGAAGACCAGCACAAUGAGACAGCUGAGGAGCUUGCAGAACUAGACACAUCGGACAAAGAGGCAGGCACUAGCGGAUUUAAGAAGCUAGCAAGUAAGCUGGCUCAGGAUGUGCUGGAUGACAAAGACUUGCCCGAGGAUAGCCUUGAGGUUGAUAACCCCAAUGACGUUCCACUCUCCGGAUUGAAAUUGGCAACUGAAAGUGAGCCUCGGCCAAGACGCGUACGAUUUUUUUUUGGAACACAGUAUCCCGUAUUACUUAGGGAUCUGUUCAAUUACAAUGUUGCUCACUUAGAAGGACAAGGCCUCAACAUUUUCAGACAGGCAGGGCUCUCGAACCUACAGAAAGAGCUUGAAGCUUACGACUUGUUGACAAGAGAUAUGAAAAGUUUGGUUGUAAAGGAUGACCUAGCCAUGUAG